GCGCCCAAUGUAUGACGUUUUAGGGAUUCAGAACGUGCAUAUAAGCGUAUGUGGCUACACUCAUUGUGGAACUUGUAGUCACAUUAACAUGCUAGAGAGGCACUUCCAGCACCCUUGUGCAACACCAGAACUGCACUACCCAUAGAUCAUUCGGGUUAUCAAGACUGUCUCAGACACGGAAGGUAAAGAAAAGUGAGGUACUGUAGAAGAUCAGAGAGGAGUUCACACUGCAUCAAGUCUAAAAGUUGUGAUCUGCUCUGGAGUCCAGGUACACUUAUAGACAGCCUCCAUCUGUCCUUCUAUCCCUCCUUCCAUCCCUCCCUUCUCUAAUUACCAGACCCUGGGACCGUGAGAAGCAAGCGAGGUUGAAGGUCUGCAGUCAUCACCAUGUCUACAUUCCGUUUUGGACAGCACGUCAUCAAGGCCUCAGCAGUGUUUCUACAAACUGAGUUGUCCUUCGCCCUGGUCAACAGGAAGCCUGUGGUGCCUGGACAUGUGUUGGUGUGUCCUCUGCGGCCCGUUGAGCGUUUCCGAGACUUGCAUCCUGAUGAGGUGGCUGACCUCUUCACCACUACCCAGAGAGUGGCUGACCUGGUGGAGAAACACUUCCAGGCUUCCUCCCUCACCAUCGCCAUACAGGAUGGCCCUGAAGCCGGACAAACUGUGAAGCAUGUUCACGUGCAUGUCCUCCCCAGGAAGGCAGGUGACUUUGAGAGAAACGACAACGUCUAUGAUGAGCUCCAGAAGCAUGACCGUGAGAGUGAGGACGUCCCUUCCAGGUGGAGAACAGAGGGGGAGAUGGCAGCAGAGGCUUCUGAUCUCAGGAAACAAUUCAGCUAAACUCUCCGAAUCUCUAUAACGACAACUUACAAAGUUUCAAGUGAUUGUGAAGUGGAUUAUUCUUCAGUUGGCACUGUUGUUGAAAAACUUAUUUUGAACUGAACUGAUGUGGUUGAUUACAGUUCAUACAUCUUUAAAUGUAAUGUGUGACUUGUAUUAUUACCUCAGAUGUUUUUUUGUGGUGUUUUUGUUGUUCUCCUUAGAAUUUAUUGGGGUUAGACUUGUACCAGAGUUAUUGUUUUUGUUUUAUAUUCCAUGAGUGUCACAACAUGUACAUGUUGAAUUAUUCAUCAAUCGCUCUCCCUUGCAUCAGUUCUGAAUCCCACCAAAUCAGUGCUCAUAACAACAUUUAAAGGCCCUCUAAACCCCACAGUCACAGCUAUGAACAUGCACGUGGGCACCUCCAUGCAAAGCGGAGCUAAAAACGAGUGGAUAAUGAAGGUAACAUGUGGUUAAUAAAGAGGAGCAGCUGCUCUGGGAUCUG